CCUGCUCGCGGUCCUACAGUCGGUCUCAACUCGUGCUCUCUCCUGUACCUGCCCGUUUGCAGGCCGCACGUAGACAAACCCCGACGGGCUCCUCGGUCGUUCAGCCCCGUCCACACUGGAUUUAUUUCUGAGGUGAGACAGAGAGAGAGAGAGAGACACUGGGUGACAGUGAGAGAGGCAGGAAGCUGCCUGCAGGCUGGGAGUGGUCGGACGUAUAAAAGACGACUCUCUUCCUUCUUUCUGCAUUAGACCGCUCUCUUCCCCUCCUUCCUUACACCUGAGACUCUGAGACUCUACCUACACAGGAUGUCGUGGAACGCAUACGUCGAUUCCCUGAAGAUGCCUGACGAAAAAGGGAUUGUCGCCGUCGAGGAGGCAGCACUCUGCGGGAUACUACCUGGGAAAGAGGGUGUGUGGGCCAGCUCGGAGGGACUAGCCAGCAUCACAGAAGAUGAAAUCAAGAAGCUGGCUGGUGAUAGGAAGGAUUUCGGCCAAUGCGGCCCCUGCAUUGCGGGGGUAAAGUGCAGGAUGAUCCGAGAUAGCAUGGAUGAUGAAACGUUGCACAGCCUGGACUUAAAGACUGCAUCAGACAAUGAAGGCAACACCUACAAUAUAUGCGUAGGAAAGAGUGAAUCAGUUCUUAUCAUCGCUAAGGGCACCAAAGAGGCCAAUGGUGGGCAGAUCUCCUCGAAGGUGACCACGAUAGUUAAGUACCUGCGAGACAAAAAAAUGUAAAACCCGAUGGCCACUGACCUCUCCUGUUCUCAACAAACAAGGUGGCUGCCACACCCCACCCCGCUGCUCCCUGCCUAUCGACUCCAGAAAACGGCCACUGUUCUGAACCUCUGCAGUUUUUUAUUAUCUUGAACUUCCAGGUGUAUUUUUCUUCCAUCAGGGAAAAAAUAAAGUGUUUAAAGUUUUAAUCAUUUAGUGAAUGAGUGAUGAAUGUGAACACAUUCACAUACAUGUAGCAGUUGACUGUGUGUUGAAGUGUGUUCACACCUGAGCUGACUGUACACCUGUGGUGAUGUUGUUUAAAGCAGUAAGCCAGUGUUAUAUUUUUUUGUAGUGGAGAUAGACCUGCAUCCGAUCACAGCUCUUUUCACAGGCCUGAAAAAUAAAAAGACCAACAUGUUUAUUAAAACA